AUUAGGGGAAUUUAAUUAAGCAAGAGGAGGAGAGGUAUAAGGUGCCAAGCAACCCUGUCGUUGGUCCUCUGGUUCAGCCAUCAGGAUGAGGGACUGGGCUCCGUCUAUCAUAGCCACAGCUCUGUUUGCCUUCCUGAGCCCUGGGGUGGUGCUGCAGCUGCCGGGGAAGCGGUGGCCGGUCGACUUCUUGAACAUGAAGACCAGCUUGGUCUCCGUUCUGGCUCAUGCUCUCAUCUUUGGCCUGCUUCUCAUGUUGUUCUUUGUUAUCUUGAAGGUUCAUCUCUAUGUUUAGUAUACAUGCAGCUUUAUAUACUUCUUCUUCUUCCAAAGGUCUCCACUCUAGUCCUAAGCAAGGUUGCCUUCUAAUUAAUUAUGUCCCUUUAACUGGUGUUAGUGAAUUGGUUGCUAGAAUGCUAGUCAUAUUUCAUGCUCAUGACA